AUGGACGAAAAGGCCCUUCCCCCAAGCAGUGUCCCAGAGAAAGACGUCCAAGUUGGGACGGUCACGGUCACCGACCAGGACGAGGCGGAUAUCUUUCUGAGAGAGCACAACUUCACCAACGAUGACCUUGAAGGCUUCUUGGCCGACAAGGCCCGCAACAAGGCCCUCGUACGCAAGGUCGACCUCAUCCUCCUGCCUCUCUUAGCAGGGACAUACAUGCUGCAAUACAUUGACAAGACAGCCUUGGCCUACUCCGCCGUCUUCGACCUGCUGCCAUCAACCAACAUGAGCAGUGACCAAUAUAGCUGGCUGGCUUCGAUCUUCUAUUUUGGAUAUCUUGUCGCAGAGUAUCCGUGGCUGAUGCUCGCACAGAGGACCCGUAUGGCCAAGGUCGUAUCAGGCAAUAUCAUUGCCUGGGGGUCGAUUCUCAUGAUCACGGCAGCCUGUAACAACUUCGGAGGCAUCGCCGCCUGUCGCUUGUUGUUGGGAAUCUUCGAGGCCCCCAUCACAAACUGUUUCAUGAUGAUCGUGGGCAUGUGGUAUACCCGUCGCGAUCAGCCAUUCAGGGCAGGCAUUUUUUAUAGUAUGAAUGGGUUCGGCGCCAUCAUCGGCGGAGUUCUCACAUACGGUAUCGGCCAGAUCAAAACCAUAGCCGUAUGGCGCGCCAUCUUCCUCAUCCUCGGCGGUAUUACCGUUGCCUGGGGCUUCAUCAUGCUCUAUUUCCUACCUGACGACAUCAUCACCGCAAAGCGUUUCACGCUCGAGGAGAAAGCCCUUCUUGUUGCCCGUGGCCGACUUGGCCGCACUGGAAUCCUCAGUCAUCAGAUUAAAUGGAACCAGAUCCGUGAAGCCCUGAUCGACCCGCAAGUCUGGAUACUGUUUAUGUUCAUGCUGCUCAACGAGACCAUCAACGGCGGUCUUUCCAACUUCAGCAAGCUCAUCAUCAAGGGUUUGACGGAUGAUUCGCUUCAGACCGUGGCCUUGGGUAUCCCCUUCGGCGCCUUCCAGCUCCUCUGGGUCCUGUCGGGGACAUUCAUCGCUUCGAAAGUUCCAAACGUCCGAACAAUCGUGAUGUUCAUGUACCUGAUCCCCUCGCUAGUCGGUGUCAUCAUGUUGUGGAAACUGUCACACGAGACCCAAAAGAUUGCUGUGCUGUUUGGGUAUUAUAUCACCGGCGGUUACGUGUGUAGUCUAGUCCUUGCGCUGCAGAUGCCUGCCACCAAUCUGGGCGGGUACACGAAGCGCGCGACCAGUGUCGCCUUGGUGUUUUUGGCGUACUGUGCUGGCAACGUCAUCGGGCCGCAUGCUUUCCUCUCGAAGGAAGCUCCUAUUUACCAGACGGGUUGCAAACUCAUCAUUUCCUGCUUAGCCGCGCAGGCCGUCCUGGCUAUUUGCUUGCGCCUGCUAUUAAUUCGGAGGAACAAACAGCGGGAUGCCGCUGCUUCUAAUGCGCCCGAGUCAGAGGAGGAAGAGUUGGCCGACUUAACUGAUUUUGAGAACCCUCGCUUCCGAUACGUGCUGUGA